AUGAUGGAACAGAGGUCCAGGGAUGUGGAGACAGGACGACUCGGGAGUGGGCAGGUGCUGAGCAUCAUGAAGCAGCUGGAUGCUGGGCGUGAGGACCUGCAGAUGGUGCACACAGAGGAGGGCACCGAGGGGAACCUGCAUCCUGGCCACAUGGUGUACACGAUGGCCCUCGUGGAGAACGCCCUCACGGAGAUCUCAGAGUGGCUGGAGAACCAUCCCCAGGAGGUGGUCAUCCUGGCAUGCAGGAACUCCAAGGGCAUGAUGGAGGACCUGCAUGAGUACCUGAUGGGCUGCAUCAAGAACAUCUUUGGGGACAUGCUGUGUUUCUGUGGGGAGGUGCCAACUCUGUGCCAGCCGUGGUCCCGGGGCCAGCAGGUCAUCCUGUCAUACAAAGAUGAGGAAUCCAUGAGUCAGCAUGCAGAACUGUGGCCCGGUAUCCCCUACUGGUGGGGGAACCAGGUGAAGCACCUAGACCUCGUCCACUACCUGGAGCACAUGAAGAGCUGCAGCCACCCAGCAUCAACCUCACAGAGAAACUGCACUUUGUCCUCAUCUGCCCGGCCUGGUCCCUGGCUCCACUACCUUUGUGCAUGGGUGCGGGGUCAGUGCCCGGGGUCAGCUGCCAGCUAUACCAACACCAUCGCAGGCGACUUCAUCUGGGCCCUCGGGCUUGUUGGCGAUGUCAUCAAGUUGAACCGGAAACUGCUCCGGGGCUAA